AUGGAGCAUAGAGAGAGCGAGAGAGAAUGGAGAGUGGUGAGAAGAAGAGGGAUUGGUCCAAAACAUGUCGAGAGAAAACAGGCAAGAAGCUGGAAUCGGAGCAGUUUGAAUGGGAGGAGAGAUUGGAGUUCGAAUGAACGCGAUGACACUACAACCUUUUUCUUUAACAACAUCCCAGAGGAUUGCAGCCUUGAUUUUCUCAGACGUAAGUUCGAGACGGUUGCGAAGACGGUGGAUGUAUACUGCCCAAGGAAGAGAGAUCUUUGGGGAAGACCGUUCGGCUUUGUUCGAUUUGAAAAGGUGGAGAGGUCUGAGACUUUAUUGGUGGAUCUGAACAAACUUUGGAUUGGCAGUUAUAAGGUUAGAGUUUAUAAGCCUAAAUUCCAAAGGGAUUAUAAACCUAAAUUCGAAAGGGUUGAUGUGAAGAGAAGGAAUGAGCAGAAUAGUGUCAAAGAAAAGAAGUUGGAACAGAUACAGCCAUGCACCAUGAAGGUGUAUAAUAGGCACGCAGGUGUCUCCUUUAAGGAAGUUCUUACAGGUACUAAAGAUGAUAAAGAACUUGAUGAUGAAACAUUACAGUUCCAGACGACGGAAGAAGACUUGGUUUGGCUUAAUGGGGCUUUUACAGGUUACAUUAAAUCUGAGUUUCUCUGGGAGGAAGUUCGAGAGGAAAUAAAUAGUGAAUGCGCAGGUUGUUUUAAGCUGAACUCCCUCGGUGGCAACAUGGUCCUAAUCCAAAGCAGCAACGAGCAGACGAUCGAGGAAAAUCUCAAUAAGCUAAACGAAUGGAGAGACUUCUGGUUGCAGUGGUGGAGGCCUUGGAAAUCUGUUGAUAUCAACUAUCAAAGAGUUGUCUGGACUAAAUGGACCGGAGUCCCGCUACAUGUUUGGAAUUCCCGUUUCUUCAGUACGGCAAGCGCGAGGUUCGGGUUGCUUCUGAAAAUUGAAGAAAAAACAAGAACGUAA